UAAUCUUUGACUCACUUUGAGUGAGAAAAGAAAACCGUUCGUUUGCAGAAAACGCAGUAAUUUCUAAUUUUACAAACAAUUCCUUUGUGCUAUCGUUAGUUAAUCGUAUAAUAAAACUAAAAUGGAAGUAACGGAUGAAAAUUUGGCAACGUUAGCUAAUUACUUGCAGCAAACUUUAAAUCCAGACCCAAACAUCCGAAGACCCGCGGAAAAGUUUCUCGAAGGUGUGGAAGUGAAUCAAAACUAUGCAAUUUUGCUGUUACAUUUGAUUGAUAAGGACACAGUUGACUUAACUAUAAGAAUAGCAGGAGCUGUCGCUUUUAAAAACUAUAUUAAAAGAAAUUGGCCAGUUGAGGAGGAUGGUGCAGACAAUAUUCAUGCAAAUGACAGAGCAGCUAUAAAAGGUCUCAUAGUUUCACUUAUGCUGAAAUCACCGGAAGCUAUCCAGAGACAAUUCAGUGAUGCAGUGUCUAUUAUUGGCAAAUAUGAUUUCCCUCAAAAGUGGCCAGGACUCAUCUCUGAAAUGGUUGAGAAGUUUGCAACGGGUGAUUUCCACAUAAUCAAUGGAGUGUUACGUACAGCGCAUUCCCUAUUCAAGAAAUAUAGAUUUGAAUUUAAAUCACAACCCCUAUGGGAGGAGAUUAAACAUGUGCUGGAAAAUUUUGCAAAACCAUUGACAGACUUAUUUGUGGCAACAAUAGAAUUAACUUCAACACAUUCUAACAAUCCUCAAGCUCUACGUGUUAUCUACGGGUCUUUAGUACUGAUAUGCAAAGUCUUCUAUUCAUUAAAUUAUCAAGAUUUACCUGAAUUCUUUGAGGAUAAUAUGCCAAUAUGGAUGCCAAAUUUGCUUAAUUUGUUACAAGUUAAAGUGCCUAGCCUUGAAGCUGAUACGGAUGACGACAAGCCCGGUGUGAUGGAACAGUUACGUACAGAAGUGUGUGAGUGUGCAGCGCUGUACGCAUUGAAGUAUGAGGAGGAGUUCCAUCCACAUGCCCCAGGGUUUGUGACUGCGGUGUGGACAGUCUUGCUGGCUACAGGACCGCAUGCUAAAUAUGAUGCGCUUGUAUCAAAUGCACUGACAUUCCUGGCGAAGGUAGCCGAAAAAAAGAGAUAUCAAAAUUUAUUCGAAGAUCCCAACACUCUCAGCAGUAUUUGCGAGAAAGUAGUCAUUCCCAAUAUGGAGUUUAGAGAGUCAGAUAUGGAGUUAUUCGAGGACAACCCGGAGGAGUACGUACGUCGUGAUAUGGAGGGCUCGGACGUGGACACGCGGGGCACGCAGGCGGCGGGCGUCACCAAGGCCUCCCCCCUCGUAGACCUGGCCAGCUUCGCAGCAGGGCAUGUGCUGCCGGAGCUGCAGAGAGCACCAGUGACUGAGCUGCCUGUACUGAAAGCGGACGCAAUUAAAUACAUAUUGACAUUCCGCUCUUUACUACCUAAAGAGUUCCUCGUCACGUCAUUCCCUCUAUUGAUCGAGCAUAUAUCAGGUCGCGGUGUGGUAUGCACGUACGCGGCGUGUACAGUGGAGAAGCUGGUGGCGGGCGGCAUGCUGCCGCGCGCGCAUCUGGAGCCUCACGCACCCAAACUGCUCACAGCGCUAUUCGCAGCCCUGGGCGAUAAUACUGACCCCGCGGAUCAUAAUGAAUAUGUUAUGAAAGCAAUACUGCGUACAUUGUCCGCACUACAAGAGUCAGCGCUGCCGUUUGUUGGCGACGCGCUGCCGAAGCUAGCCCGCAUGCUGGCAGUCGUCGCUAAGAACCCCUGCAAGCCGCACUUCAAUCAUUAUUUAUUCGAAACCCUAUCGUUAUCUGUUUCGGCGCUCUUCCCAAUUUUCCAAGAGAUUUUACAGAACGAUGUACAAGAGUUCAUGCCGUAUGUGUUCCAAAUGCUAUCGCUGCUGCUGGAGCUGCGCGGUGCUGGUGGUGAUGGUGGUGCUGGUGGUGGUGGUGGCGAGGCGUACGGCGCAGUUAAUUUUGUGUUACAGAAUGCGAUGUUAGGAGUAUUCCAAAAGUUAAUCGCGUCAAAGACGAAUGACCACGAAGGCUUCUACUUAGUACAGACCAUGUUAUACAAGUUUGGAAGUUCAGUGAUGGAUCAAUACUGUAAGCAGAUAAUAACGUUGCUGUUCCAACGGCUCUCGUCAUCGAAGACUACGAAGUUCGUGCGCGGUCUCAUCGCCUUCCUCGGGUUCUACGCCGCGCAUUUCGGCGCUGACACACUAGUGCAGCUUGUAGACUCCGUGCAGGCUAAUAUGUUCGCGAUGUACACGGAGCGCGUGUUGGUGCCGGAGCUGCAGCGCGUGUCGGGCGCGCUGGAGCGCAAGGCGGCCGCAGUCGGCUGCGUCAAGCUGCUCACUGAGUCGCAGCACUUCCUUUUGGAGAUACCCCUUUGGACAGACUUUCAAGUUUCUACUACUAACAAAAUAAACAACUUAAUAUACGUUACUAAAAGAUAUAAUUUUUUAAAUUCAGGUAUCGAUGACCCGAAGCGCUACCUGGCGGAGAGUCUAGGCAACAUGUGCCGCCAGUGGCCGGACGUGGUGCCCGCGCGCCUCGCCGCGCUCGACCCGCCGCACAGACACGCGCUGCAGCUGUACCUCAAUACAUACGGCGUGCAUAUAUGCUGAACAUUCACCAUAAUACACCAUAACUCACCAUCAUAAACCAUUACUCACCAUAAUGUACCAUUAUUCACCAUAUAAUAAACAUAACUCACAAACAUGCAUCAUUUCUCUCCAUCACCAUCAUGUACCAUAACUCACCAUAAACUAAACAUCAUUUACCAUCAUGCACCAUAUACUGAGAAUAACCAAUAACUAAUAAAUUAACACAUACUCAGCAUGUACAUUCGACUGUCGGUAUUCCACCUUAAAAGCUACAACCGUUUGAACAUUUUCAAACAAGACGCGAAACAAAAACCAAUACAACGCAGCUUAUAAAUGUAUCUGUACGAAAAAACGUCGACUAUAGAUAGACGGUUAGUUUUUAUUUAUUGUUAUCUAUUAUAUUUAUUGUUGCAAUGAACAAGGUAAUUAUUGAAGUGGAACACCGCGGAUUUCCGCGACUGUAUCAUAAAUCACACUAUACUUAAACUAAUUCACUAUCAUACACCAUAACUCACCACAUACUGCGAAUUACUCACCAUAAUUUACUAUAACUCAACAUAUACUGAGCGUAACUCAAUGUAAUUUACCAUAACUCACAAUCACCACAACUAACCAUAUAAUGGCAUAGUUGCCUUACACCCUGGAGUGACAACUAGUAUAUACCAUUUGUGAAUAUAUACGAUGUGUUUUAUAACUGUUUAAUAUGAUGAAAAAGUAAUAACCCAUUAAAUAUAUCUGUUUACUAAGUUCACUUAUAUAUUAAAAAUAAUAAUCGUAUAUUAAAUAAAA